AUGAGGUGUAUCGUCUUUUAUCCUAGUUGGCUAGAUAUCGUACACUUCUUACUUCGUGUUGGGAAAAUCCGAUUCGAUCAGAAGUAUCCAUCGUAUAUGGUCAUCAAACGUUUUGCAAUAGUACCGUCAUCUCGUCAGGAUAUACAUGCUACUGGCCGUUGUACGUUAGCUCCUGAUCAGUCAGUCCCUCGAUAUGUUCCUCUUGCAUCGUCUAUUCGUCUCAGAAACUCUCCGGUUCCGGAACUUCGACAAGAAUUUAUUAAUUUUUUUCGAAGCCAUCAGCAUUCAGUGGUGGCACCGGUUUCCGUAUUUCCGAAGCGUCAUGAAGGAAGCUAUUUCAUCAAUGCGGGUAUGAACCAAUUUAAGUCGAUUUUUCUCAAUCAGUUGGAUGGUGUUUGCUCAGAAUUCAAACAGCUACGACGCGCUACCAAUUCCCAACCAUGUAUUCGAAUCGGUGGUCGUCAUGAUGACUUAAAUGAUGUGGGUUAUGAUCGACAUCACCACACAAUGUUCGAAAUGUUGGGCAGUUGGUCUUUCGGUGACUACUAUAAGAAAGAAGCUUGCUCUCAGGUUUGGAAAUUUCUUACCGAGGUGUUAAACUUGCCUACCAACGCAAUCUACAUAACAUAUUUUGGUGGUGAUCAAAAGCUUGGACUUCCUCCAGAUGAUGAAACACGUGAUAUCUGGUUGAACUUGGGCGUAAUGGAUCAAAAAUUAAUGCCAUUUGGUGUUGAAUCAAACUUUUGGCGUGCAAAUCAGUCUAGUGGUGGAGGAUUGUGUGGUCCGUCAACUGAAGUGCACAUAGAUUUCAAAGCACUGUGUGGUGGAGACCAAUUAGACUGUGCACGUUGUUUGGUGAAUACUUCUAGCCCUCAGGUUUUGGAACUGUGGAAUUGUGUUUUCAUAACACAUCGUAUUAUGGCUGGUAAUGAUGUGCCCGACAAACAUUUGAAACCUGAUCUUCUUCAACCUUUAGCUAAGUCAUUUGUAGACACUGGAAUGGGACUUGAACGACUUGCAUGUGUGAUGCAGGGAAUAACGUCAAAUUAUGAUUCCUAUGAGCUGAAUGGUUUAAUGGAAUUUAUACACUCAAAGGCGAGUUCAUCUAACAGUUCUGUACCUGCUUAUCAAGGUUUAUUUUUGUCCCAACCGCUACAAGAUGUUGAAACUAAAGCAGAUAAAAAUCACUCAGAAACUACUCUAUCUUCUUUAUGGAACAAAAUAUCUGGGAAAUCUGCAUCUGCCGCUGUAUGCUCGAAAUCACACCUUGCCAUUGAUCAUUCUUGGAAAAAUCCUGAUACUGAUAAUGAUUAUGUUGAAGUGUGGCAUCGAGAUAUCGCCUAUCGAAUACUGGCCGAUCAUAGUCGCGCUUUAGCAUUUGCCUUGUCAGAUGGUUUAUUACCGGGACGUCAAGGUUUACCUCUGAAAAUCCGUCAGCUUAUUCAUCGAGCCUUUCGUGCAUCGGUUUUAACGGGUCUUGAUACUGAAAUAACUACGUCGGGUAAAUUAAAAUCUCUCCUUGGAGCUUUGGUAUCCGAAGUAGCCAAGAGGGAUGUUCUUAGUCUUCAGUCAUUUUUUAACACGAUGGCUGUCAUAAGGGGACCUAACUAUAGAAAGUCUGAUGCAUUAACUCCGGAGCAAAUGGAAUCGGUUAUCAAUGAAGAAGUGACUUGUUUUGCACCUCGUUUAUUUCUUAUGGAAAAGUCAUUUGAUCGAUGUUUGGAAGAAUGUACCGAUAGGAGACAACUAUCAGCUGAACAAGUAACUAAAUUAAUGAAUGGUGAUUAUGGACAUCACGUAAGCUGGGAUAUGAUAUGUGCGCAAUCAUGUUGGGCUGGUCUUUUACCACCUUUACCGAUUGAAACGAACUAUCCAUCAGACACGAAUAAACCUUUGCUGUUUAAAAAUCAGAAAUUAAAUUCAGAUGUAAUUUCACGUCAGUUGCAUAAUUUAUGUAUACCGUUUACGGAUGAUUCAUUUAAAUAUGAUUGUUAUCCAAAAUAUGAACCUGUUUCAAAUGCAACUAGACAAUAUGAUUUUCCUGAUUGUGAAACAAAAUUAUUAGGAUUACUUACUCUUGACAAUAAAGAAACAGAUUGUAUUUUAAUGACGAAACAGUCUUCAUCUAAUUCAAAUUUUACUUCUGUAAUUCAAAACCUAUGCAGUGCAACAAAUAAUCUACUCGGUUUUAUUUUUGAAAAGACUAACUUUUUUACACCAUGUGGCGGUCAAGACACUGAUACUGGUCUUAUUUGUUGUCCUUCAAAGAUUCUUCAAUUUCAAGUUGCUGAAACAACUUUUAUUCCUGACCCUACUUCAAACUCGUUAACUAGUGGUUGGGUUAUACAUUGGUGUCGAAAGUCAGACAAUUUAUUUCCUUCAUUGAAUUGUCUUGAUUUUGAUCAGUCGUUUGUUUUAAGUAUUGAUAAAGAACGCAGAUUUAAUCUAAUGUGUUCACAUACUGGUCAACAUUUAUUUACAUCAGCCUUAGAAUCGUCGGUGUUAUCUCAUGCUUCAGAUUCUUCAGCGUUUCAACAUGUUGGUGGCACUUCUCAUCCUAAUUAUUUCACAGUAAGGGCUGCUAUUGUCGGUCCACCGUCAGAACAAAUGCAGGAAGAUCUAGGUAGUUUUACAAGACAAUUAGAACAAAAGUGUCGAAAUCUAAUUAGUGAAAAUGCAUUUAUUUCUAUUCAGAAUAAAGAAUUGGCAUAUGCCCUAACGGUGAAACAAGUUCGACACUUCCCUUGGGAGGAAUAUGCUGCAAAAGUACGAAUCGUGUGUAUAGGAAAAGAAAGACAUUCAAGCAAUGAUGAUGAAUUAACAGAUUUCAAUUCUGUCAUCUCAGCUGAAUUGUGUGGAGGCACACAUCUUUCUGAGUUGUCUGAUUUACUAGAUAUAGCAGUUGUUUCAGUUAAAGGACGUCAAAAAACUGUCAAAGAAUUCACUUGUAUUUUUGGUCAGUCUGCUAAACGUGCACAUCAGUGUGCUGAUGAGUUGAUUCAAGAAGGUAGGUCAAGAGAAAAAGAAGCUAUUUCUAAUCCUGGAAAAGCAGUUCAUCAUAUUGAUUGGUUCAAUUCUGUUUUAAAUGAUUCACAUUAUGCUGGAUUUCUCCCAUUAUAUGCUCGAUUAGCAUUAGAAACUAAUCUCUAUCGUAUCAAUCAUAGAACAGAUAUCAUUGAUACUGACCAAGUUCAAUUAUACAUUGAUAAUAUGAAAUUACUAAUUGAGAAUAAUAACUGUGAAACAUCUCAAGCUGUAAUUUCUCAACUUGAUUUUCGUAGAUUAGAUGAACUUAUUCUUGCAUUUCUACAACUCAAUAUGAAUCAACCAUUUGUUGUAUACCAUAUGAAUUUAGCUGUUUGUUAUUUUCCCAAAUCACAUUCAAAUCAAACAGCUUUAAAUUUAGCGCAUAUGAUCGCUAAACUUUUAUCUUCUGAACUUGGAAUAGUGCAUUUAACAGUGAAAGGUCGACCUUUACGUUCUAAUCACUUGCAGGAUGAUGAUCGGUACAAAUAUGCAUUCCUCCAACUUGCAUCUGCAUCAGAUACUUUUACUACAACUACUAAGGUGCAGCAAUCAUUGAAUUGGAAUCAUCACCAUACAUUAUUGACAAAGUGUGUAAACUCAAUUUUAAUGAGUCCAGUUUGUGAUACCGCAUAA